AUGGCCACCAUCCGCCCCGCUGAUUUUUCCGAUUUCAACGUCAUAGGCCGCCAGGCCGGGACGAAGCAAGAGCUUGUUGGUCGCGAGUUUCUCACGCAUUGUCCCCCAGACCUCCCCUCGCGCCAUCGUGUACUAGCUCUACUUGGCACAACAGAUAUAGGAGAUGUCGCUAGCCCAAGUGAAGAUGGGUGGUUCGUUUCAGAUUUCUACCUAUUCCACUAUCUCUUAUCCCCGGCAUUCCCUCGCCUUUUGGUAGCACCUAACCAAAUCUGGUUAACCUCUGAAGAUCCCGUAACCCUAGUCGCCAAGUACCAUGAAUACCUUCAUGGCGAUUCAAACGGGGAUCGUCGGGCGGUGCUUGAUAGCCAGAGGCUCCCAGAUAUAUUGAAGGCUGGAAAUUUACGGGUUGUGCCUAGAGACAUCCUUCUCGAGCGAUACCUAAACACCCUCCAAGAGCAAGCUGCUGAAGCAGCCCACCUCCAAGAGCAUCUUGUGCUAUUGAUAUUUGGUCAUGGAUCUCCGACACAUGGUGUUGAGGUUGGAGGGUCGAUCCUUCGCCUAGGAGACUUACGCCGGGUGCUACGAAACAGGUCCCAAGUGACCCUCUUCACCACCUCAUGUUACUCCGGCGGCUGGCUAGUGCAACCCGACAUAGGACAGCAUCAGCUCAACGGAACAGCAAUUACAGCAGCAGGGCCGCGCAGCUUAUCCUCAUCGUGGCCCCUCAGCGGAAGUGUUGGACGGGCCAGCGGCAGCUUGGCCGCCUCCGCAGUAGUACGCUGCCUGAUAGAUGCCGAGGAUGAAAUUCAAGAGAUAAUGGACCACCCGACAUACAUACAGCUUGCGAAGUCUGUAUAUGACUGUGUGAAGGGGAUGGGGAUGCUUGGCGAUAGGCAGAAGAUUCAUUUCUCUGCGGAAAACGACGAAUGGGAGACAAGCUAUCAGACUCGCCUCGUUCCCCCAUCCACAUGCCCGGCAAGUAGCCAGUUGGCUAGAGCUGGUGGACGGCGACUGAAACGUUUACAAUAUCUCGCCCAAGAAUAUUUUGCCUCGCGACCCGGUGCCGAAAAUGACGCCCCGAACAUCGGGUUGCACAAUUGUCUGGACCAGGUUCUCAAGGGAGCAAGCUACCCCAAGGAAAAGGUGCAGGAAUUGACCGAGAUCACCGCCUACAGACUUGGAGCUAUGUAUGAGGCCGAGUACCUCAGAGAGCAACUCGGGCUCCAGUACCCGUCGAUUUUCGACACUGACCCAAGUCAGGCACUCUCAAAAACGUCCGACGAUCAAAUGAUGAUGAGAACAUGGUUUUUGCUCCUCAAGCACGACAUUAACACAACUCCUAUUGGGAUCAGCCGACCGUAUGUCAAGCCUUUGCAGUAUCUCACACUUGCUCUAGUAGAAACCUCUGAAUUCUGGGAAGCAAUCGAGAUGCAGGUGAAAGCUAUGGCCGGCAAGAAAAAGGCAUGGUCCGAUUUAUCUACAAGGCAUGGCAGGGGAAUCGAGUCGCCCGUGAUGAGGGGGUGA